CAUUUGGUAGGAAAAACUUUUAAAGAAAACAUCUUAACAAAGCAACACAACCCCAGCUAAGGGUCAGGGCCCAGGCUCUGCCCCACCUCCUGGGCACCAGGUGAAGCAAAGAACAAGAGAGUCACCCCAGAGCCAAAGGGCAGGGCUGGAGCACAGCCAGCACCCAGCCACCGGGAGCAGCCAGCAGCCCUGGGGGAAGCGGGGCCCCAGAGCGUAUGAGGGCGGGAGCUGUCUCCAGACAGUCACCAGUAGGUCCUUGUGUCCAGCUGCUCAUUCAUGUGUCCAGGCGGAUCAUGAUGCCAACACAGUCAGGUCCCAGAGCUGUUCCGGCAGUCAGGGGACAUCUCUGAGAAACAGCAGCUGGCGCCAGCAGCGUCCCCGGGAGAUGGUGGGGGCAAGUCCUUCCAGGGGAGAGCAUGGGGUAUCCAGCUUGGCACCGACUGUCCCUUUCACUGGCCAGCUCUCUCCUGACGGCGCGGCUCAGCUGGGGCCGUUCAAUGGCAGAGUUCAGGAGGGUUGUCAGAACAAACGUUUCAAGUUCAACACGGUUUGGGGAAAGGUAAACAGGCGAAUGUCGCUUAGAGCGAAGCCCGGCCUGCCCCAGCUCCUUGCACAGAUCACACCAGCAGACCCCCUUGGCACAGUUCAGUCCUAAGGUCCUGGAUUGGGUGUCCAGUAGCAGGCGGCAGCGGCUUCAGGUUGCGUUCCUUUAGCGCCCCUGCAGGCAUGCUCUGGCCUGGAGCCCUCCCCAGCACCGACCAGCCUUCCUGCCUGCAUGUCCACAGCCCCAACCUCGGUCCACGGGCUCGUCCCCAGCCCAGGCACCUCCUCCUGUCACCUGGCCCCCCCCCCCCGAACGAGCUGUGACAGGAAGUCAGGGGCUGGAGUGAGGCUGCGAGGCCCUUUGCAAAGCACCAGGCUAGCACUGCUUGGUAAGCACCAGGAUGCAGGCUGCCCUGGCAUCUGUAAUUGGCACAGCAGGGCCUGGGGGCACAGCCCUGCCCCAUGCUAAGGUCCCAGGUGAGGCAGGCCCUGGGCAAGGGUUGAUGAGCUGCUGGUGGCAAGAGAAACUCCCCAUCUGCCAGUGAGCAGCUGCCUCUCUCUCCCCUGAGGGAGGCCAGAGAAAGCACUGUCCCCUUCCCAACGCCCCCAGGGCUGAGCAGCCAGGGCAGCACUGCAUUCUUCUUCCACCCGCUUGCCUCGCUGGCAAAAACAAACAGCUGGCUUGGGUCUGGCUGCCUCCCUCUCCAGCCUCCAUCCAUUCCCCCCCCAGGGCCCUUUGCACCCUGGGCUCCCGCAGAGACGCUGGCCCUGCGUGGGAAAGGCCUGGGAGUACAGCAAAGUCCCUAGAGAGGGCAACAUUGCGCCUUCCUGAAGGUGCUGGGUACCUGCCUGGCCACAGGGCUCCCUGUUCUGCAGAGGCCUGGCCUAGCUGCAGGAGCUUGGAGCUGACUACAGCUCCUUCAGCCUCUGCCCCCUGCGAUGCCCCGCCAGGGCUCUGACUCAGGCUAGCUCUGGGGGCCUGGCUCUGGGGGCCCCUCUGGGCCACACUUGCCCAGCAGCAUCAGGAAGCUGCACCAAUGCCUGGUGCCUGGGACCCUUUCCACUCUGGAGAGGACGCUGCCGACAAGGCUCAAUGAGGCAGAUGGUGGGGCAAUGGGAUCAGCUCAAGGGCUCCCCAUCCAUGCUGAGGGGCAACGAGGUCUCGCAAAGCUGCUCAAACAGCCACUAUUGGCAGGUCAGUGUCAGGGCUUUGUUCACUGCUGCCCAGCCCAGCUGCCUCUGCCUUCUGGCCACAGGAACAAUUCACCUUCUCCUGGGUCCCUCUGGCCUGUAUGAGGCCCCCGGGAAAGUGAGCACCUCAGAGCCCCUCAGGACCCCAAAGCACAGCCUGCCAUGGUGACGCAACGGAGAGUUUUAUUGUAAUGUCAAAGCCUUAAGAGCAGGUUACAAGCAUGACAAGAGGCAGGGAGUGUGUGGGGCAGGAUAUAAGGGUGUGCAUCUGGUAUGGGGGAGCAGAGCAGGGGGCUCAGGAGGUAUAUGGGGCAGAGACGCAAAGGGGUUGUGGGGCAGAGGAGCAGAGCAGGGGGUUUGGGAGGUAUAUGGGGCAGAGGAGCAGAGGGGUUGUGGGGCAGAGGAGCAGAGCAGGGGGUUUGGGAGGUAUAUGGGACAGAGGAGUGGAGGGGUUGUGGGGCAGAGGAGCAGAGCAGGGGGCUCAGGAGGUACAUGGGGCAGAGGGUGUGUGGGGCACGGGAGCAGAGCAGGAGGCUCGGGAAGAAUAUGGGGCAGAGGAGCAGAGGGGUUGUGGGGCAGAGGAGCAGAGCAGGGCAGAGGAGCAGAGCAGGGGGCUCGGGAGGUAUAUGGGGCAGAAGAGCAGAGGGGUUGUGGGGCAGAGGAGCAGAGCAGGGGGCUCGGGAGGUAUAUGGGGCAGAGGAGCAGAGCAGGGGGCUCGGGAGGUAUAUGGGACAGAGGGUGUGUGGGGCAGGGGAGCAGAGCUGGAGGCUUGGAAAGUAUAUGGGGCAGAGGAGCAGAGGGGUUGUGGGGCAGUGGAGCAGAGCAGGGGGCUCAGAAGGUAUAUGGGGCAGAGGAGCAGAGGGGUUGUGGGGCAGAGGAGCAGAGCAUGGGGUUUGGGAGGUAUAUGGGGCAGAGGAGCAGAGGGGUUGUGGGGCAGAGGAUCAGAGCAGGGGGCUCGGGAGAUAUAUGGGGCAGAGGAGCAGAGUAGGGGGCUCCGGAAGUAUAUAGGGCAGAGAAGCAGAGGGGUUGUGGGGCAGAGGAGCAGAGCAGGGGGCUCAGGAGGUAUAUGGGGCAGAGGAGCAGAGCAGGGGGCUCGGAAGGUAUAUGGGGCAGAGGAGCAGAGCAGGGGGCUCAGGAGGUAUAUAGGGCAGAGGAGCAGAGGGGUUGUGGGGCAGAGGAGCAGAGCAGGGGGCUCGGGAGGUAUAUGGGGCAGAGGAGCAGAGCAGGGGGCUCGGGAGGUAUAUGGGGCAGAGGGGUUGUGGGGCAGAAGAGCAGAGCAGGGGGCUCGGGAGGUAUAUGGGGCAGAAGAGCAGAGCAGGGAGCUCAGGAGGUAUAUGGGGCAGAGGAGCAGUGGGGCAGAGGGGUUGUGGGGCAGAGGAGCAGAACAGGGGGCUUGGGAGGUAUAUGGGGCAGACGAGCAGAGCAGGGGGCAGGGGGCGCGGGAGGUAUAUGGGGCAGGGAAUGUGUGGAGCAGAGUGACAGAAGCAAUGAAGGAAGAAUGCAGCCUGGGUAUCUAAUACUUUUCCUUAGCAGCAAUGGAUCCUGAGCAACAGAGAAACGCUACAGCUUGAGGUGACGUUCUCAGAGCAGGACCUGCUGCCCCCAUGCUUGAGAGGGGACCAGAGCAUCUUCAAAAGGGGAAAAGGAGCCAAAUAUCCGUUAUUUCCAGCCAGGCUCCAGUGUUGGGAAGUGACGGGGCUGCCGCAGCCCUGCUCCCGUGGGACACAACUAGGGCUCCAAGGAGCUGCCAGCAAAGUGGACAGAUGAAGGAAUCGAGCCAGGCUGGGAGGAACAGCCAAAGUGUGAGCGAAAUGGCCAGAGAGGGCAGGACAGACCCUGAGUUCCACGUUCACAGUGUCUCAGGGGGCGCAGCCAGGGCUCCAGCAGGAACACAAGCCACUCUGGAAACCGCCAGCAGGAACUGCCACAAAGCCCGGUCCCUCCCGCUUUCUGUAGCCAGUUACCAGACAGGAGGCUCCCAUUCCUCUGGCUGGCUCAGAGCACAGCUCCAAGGAGAACACUGACCUUCAGUGGGAGCUCUCUCCAAUCAAGGAUGUGACAAGCAAGAGGCUGAGACUAGCAAUGGGGCUAGCCCGAAGCUUCCCCAGGGACCAGUGCCCUCCUGCUCUGCCCCUCCACUC